AUGAACUUAUAGUGGAAUCCUUAUUUCAUUCCAAAAGAAAAUAUUUCUUAACUCAAUGUAUCUAUCCUUAUUAAUUAAGAAUAUAUCAUUUAUGAGAUUUGAUGAAAAUUCACAAUAACCAUUAUACAAUAAAUAAAUUCAAUAGCAUAAAAAAAUAUAGAUUUAAGUAAAUACUUAAUUAAUAUUUAGCCUACAUUCUAACCUGACUGUAUAAAAUAUAAAAGAAAUAAAAAAUAAUAAAGUUGUGUACCAUUUUAAAUGAAUGUUCCUCAAUAAACUUCUAAUCAAACUUUAACAAAAGUAGCACAAUUAAGUUUAAAACCAAUAUUCAGCAAACCUAAAAGCAUCUAAUAAAAUAUAUAGAAUGAAAAUCUUAAAGGAUCAGCUAUUUGGGAGAGAAAGGAUUUUCAAAAUUAAUAAAUUACUUUUGAGUCUUUCUUAAAGGAACAAAAUCUAUCUAGAAAUAAUUCAAUAGAACAUAAUAGCAAUAAAUCUCAUUUUAAAAAGAAUCAUCGUUAAUAUAGUCAUGUUGUUUAAGGAAAUUCAGGUGCUUAUUUUAUGAUUUCUAAUAUACAAUAAAAUAAUAACACUAAUACUACUAAUUCAUAUUAUUCUAAUUGUGAAAAGUAAUAAUAUAUUGAAAAACAUAUAUAGUUGUAAUUCACAAAGAGAAGAUAGAAAAAUUGAAACAAUAAAUGUUCCUAAAUUUUAUAUUCCAGAGGAUAAUUCUAAUUAAUUUAGUGAAAGAACAAUUAAAAAAUAAAGUCCUAAUAACCUAAUAAAAUAUAAAAAAAAUAAUAGGUGUAUAUCUAUGGGAGAAUAAAAGCAGAUAGGACUUACAUUAGAAUGUGAUGAAUCAAGCAUCACAAUUAUUAGUGAUAAUAUUAAUACUGUAAUACCUAAUCCUACAAAUUUUAAGAAUAAUAAUACAUUAAUUAAUGAAAACAAUAAUCAAAAUUGUUAAAUAGGUGGAUUUUCAUAAGAAACUUUAUAAGUUCUAAUGCUAUAAGAGAUUGAAUAUGCUCCUAAUUGUGACUAUCUAUAAUCAAUAUAAACCUAAAUCACUCCUUUAAUGAGAGCAAUUUUGAUGGAUUGGAUGAUAGAAGUUUGUUCUGUUUAUCUGAUGAAGAGAGACACUUAUUAUUUAGCAGUUGCUUAUGUUGAUAGUUAUUUAUCAAAAAAAACAAUAACAAAAUAUGAAUUAUAAUUAUUAGGAACUGCUUCAAUGCUUAUUGCAUCUAAAAUGGAGGUAAAUUAUAUCAUAAUUUGUUUUUAAGGAAGUUGAGGCUAAAAAUCCAAAAGAUUUUGAAAAAGCUAGCAAUUAUGGUUAUUCUUUAGAUAAAAUAUAUGAAAUGGAGAAAGAAAUUUGUAAAAUUCUUUAAUGGCAUUUAAAUAUACCAACAAUAAAUUUAUGGAUAGAAUUUUAUACAAAUUAAUGGGAUAAUUAUAUUUCAGAUGUUCAUAAGAAAUUUAGAUAGAAUAAUAAUUGUUCAUUUAAAAGUAAUAGAUUUAUUUGAUAUCUAAGUGAUAUUAAAAUUAUAAGGAUAUAUCGAUUGUUGUUAUCUUGAUUUUGAAACUCUUAGUUAUUAGACUAGAAAGGUUGUAGCAUCUUUUAUGUAUCUUGUGUUGGCUUUAGAAUAUGAAUAAUUCACAAAAGAAUAUAUUUAUUAUGAAAUUCCAAAAACAACUAAAUUUAUUCUUGCUGAUUGUAAAUAUCUUUUAUAAUCACUAGCUUAGAAAUCAUUUAACAAAUUAUUUACAGAAUUUGCAUAAAUUAGUUUUGGAUUCAAUCUUGUAGAUCUAAUUGAAAUAAUUAAAUAUGCUUCUAAAUUUAUAAUGUUAGAUUUUAAAUAUAGUGAUACAUUUCAAGAUAAAAUAAGCAUUCAAGUAUAAUAUAUGUUAAUAUCAAUACUUAGAGACAUGAAGAUUUACUUAUAUAUUAAAAGUAUAAUUAAACUGGACUCUCUUUCAUUAGAUACAGACUCUAAAAAUGA